AUGACACCGGAUGGUCUUGGACGUCCGCCUAAGCCAGCUCAUGAAGAGCUCUUGGAGAACCAGCAGACUGAAGAUGACUAUGUCACUGAUCUCUUGUCGGUCUCUCAGCGGAUACACCUACUUGAUCAGGAGACAUUGAAAUCUGAUAUCAUCGAGAGGGGUGGUCCUAAGGCGGUUGCCAUAGUUGGGAGGAUGGUCAAUGAGGCAUCUAGUGUGGCUCAGUACAGUCGGCAGAGGAGGAAUGGUCUCGGAUCUGUGUGUGCUGGAGCCACUGUGAAGGAGGGAGGCAGGGGUGGUGGUUCUGGUGGCUAUUUCUCUUCCGGGGGAAGAGCUAUGAUAGACGUGGGUCAGAGACUGAUGGGUGUUCUGCAGUUAAUGGGGCUAUGGAAGCAUGGAGUAAUGGAGAGAUGGAAGCAUGGAGUAAUGAAGAGAUGGAAGGAAGUUUUCAAGAGCAAACCCCAAAGAAUAGGGAGCGAAGCCUCCACUAGGGAGGAAAAGGGAAUCCAAAAAAUGGAGGAGAAAACUCUAAUAGGAGUUUCAUAG